AUGGAAGAUAGUAAAUGUAGUAAAUGCAAUUGCCAACGUUAUAAAGUACAAGCUGGGAAAGAAAAUGUCGUUGCCAAUUUUACAAAGAAGAAAUUCCGUAUAAGUGUGUCUAUUGUGGUCACUCUCAAGAUUUCCAUCGUAGUUGGGCCAACUACUAGUACAAGAAAUUUUCGUAAUGCUAGCAGACCUGCAUCUGAAAGUGUAACAGUAAAACAUUUAUUAUUAUUUGAAGAAGAAUCACCAAAUAUGCUUCCAAAAGAAGGAUCAGUUAAAUGGAAUAAUAUGAUGGAUAAAAGGCUUAUUAAAGAAAACUUUAAAAUUUCUAUAAAUGAUGAUAUAUUCAACGAAUUCUGUAAUUUAUUUGGAAUAGCCGAUCAAAGUACGAAAUUUAAGUUAUAUAGUCCAACAAAUGGAAAACCAGUUAAACUUAAUGAUGAACCCAGUUUUGGUAAAUAUAGAGAAGCGCCAGGAUCGAAUUUUAUGGAAGCUCUCUUUGAAGGCAGUAAUUUCGAUGUCCCGUCCCAAUCAAUGGAAUUAAAUAAUGAAGCAGCUAGAAAAGAUGAUGGCAUUGAAUACGAAACUACUAGAGGUAUUAUAGAAUAUUUCCGUUUUGAUCCAAAUACUGAUCCCGUAGAGGUCACGGCACACCCACCACGCGGUGCUGACUUAACUGGCAAAUAAAUAUUAUGUUAUGUAGAUCAAGAGUUAUUUCU